AUGGACACCGCCAUCAGACCAUUACUUCCAGCUUUUGAACUUCUGUGGAACGCCGCCAGAAGUGAAUCUAAGAAAUACAACAUUAACGAUGCAGUUAACGCGAACUUCGGCAAACCUCAACAGAAUCACGGCAAACAGCUGCACAACCAUUUUGCAAAUUGCACCGAUCUUAAAUCAAAGAAACAGCCAACUGAGAACGGGUACAAGAACGGAACUGUGCAUGAACUAAAUUUGGAAGAUCAUAAUGGAGAAGGAAUAUGUAAUGGAAGCGUGGCGGACACUGAGGAGAGUGUGGUGGUGUGUACCCUGGAGUGUGACCAUGGCGACAAAUACGUCCGGCAGAUCAUCCAUGACGGAACCACGCGGUCAGAGUGGUCACGUGCCGAGGAUGUGUUCGUUGAUUGGUUGAACAGUGACCUAACGGCACAGCAUGCUCAGCGAAUCGACGCCACCAUUUACUUCUGUAGAAUCCCCGAUAGUACCAGCUCUGAUGGAAUCCGCUUGUGGGCCCAGAAUCUACAGGAGGAGGGCAAGGAAGUGAACAUCAAGAUCAAGGUGGCCAGUCUUGGACCAAUCGUAUCUAGAGCUCUCGAUGGUCUGUCCAACCAGAAUGGACACCGGAAGGGAAGAGUCCACGAGAUCAUCGGCCAGUGCGAGACUGAGGACACAAUAAGGGCUGUCCGUCGACUGACCAAACUUGGGGCUCAGGUUGAGCCUCUGUCCGGUGGCGACUGGCUGCAGCUGAUCGCCCUCCUCACUGACCGCGCCUCCCUCCAAGCCCUGGACCUCAAGAAGAGCCCCUGCUACGAGGCGCUGUCCACUGCCUUGAAAAUGACCUCAUGA